UUAUAUACCAGUCAUGACGAAAUCUCCCAGCGCACAUAUCGACCAGCUCCCGUUCUUAGUCGACACCAAAUCUCCAGCUCUGCGACACAGACCAACGGGCGCUACACGUGCCGACAUAUUCCGCGCGCGACCAGCGGUCAUGGCGCUUCUAAGCCUUAUCACGCUCACAUACAUCUGUUACGCCUACGCAAGUCUCUCUCCAUCGACUGUCUAUAGAAACAGCCUAGAUGUCGACCAAGAAGUACCCUCGCUGGGUGUGCCACGGAGUGUACAGCAGAGCUGGGUGAUGUAUUCGCCAUACUAUCCCUCAGAGCCGUAUGUGCCGCCUCCAGAAGGCUGUAGCCUCGAUCAGGUGAACAUUUUGCAACGACAUGGGGCACGAUACCCCACAUCUGGCGCUGCUACACGUAUUGUAGCUGCUAUCGGAAAGCUGCAAUCAGUAGAGAGUUUCACCGAUCCGCUUCUCGCUUUCCUAAAGAACUACUCCUACGACCUCGGUCAUGACGACCUUGUUCCAUACGGAGCUGCGCAGUCCUUCCAAGCCGGCGAGCAAGCCUUCGAGCGGUACGCGUGGCUACUGAGCGAGGCAAACCAGCCUUUCGUCAGGGCGUCCAGUGCUCCACGUGUGGUUGACUCCGCUACUAACUGGACAGCCGGUUUCGCCGCGGCUAGUUCUCACCAUUACAAACCCAUACUCUCUGUGAUCCUCUCGGAAGCCGGCAACGAUACUCUGGAUGACAACAUGUGCGCCGCCGCGGGCAGCUCCGAUGCAGAAGAUAACCUGUGGCUCUCCACUUUCGCUCCGCCGAUGACUGCACGCCUGAACGCCGGCGCCCCAGGGGCCAACCUCACCGACACGGACACUUACAACAUCCUCAGUAUGUGCGCCUUCGACACGAUCUCACACGAGACGCGUAGCCCGUUCUGCGCAAUAUUCGAAGAACUCGCCGGCCCCGCAGCGUUCUCGUACUACGGCGACCUCGACAAGUACUAUGGCACGGGCUACGGCCAGCUGCUGGGCCCCGUCCAGGGCGUGGGAUACAUCAACGAGCUCAUCGCAAGGCUGGCGGGGAAGCCAGUGCAGGACCACACGCAGACGAACGCGACAUUGGACGGGAACCCGGAGACGUUUCCGCUGAACAGGACGCUAUACGCGGACUUCUCGCACGACAACCAGAUGGUCGCGAUCUUCGCGGCGAUGGGGCUGUUCAAGCAGAGCGCGCCCCUAGAUCCGACGAAGCCGGAUCCGAACAGGACGUGGCGAGUGCAGAAGAUGGUGCCGUUCUCGGGACGGAUGGUCACAGAGCGGCUGUCGUGCCGGGGGACGCCGAGCGUGCGGAUAUUAGUGAACGAUGCAGUGAUGCCGUCAGAGUUUUGCGGUGCGAACGCGGAUAGGGUAUGUACGCUUGACGCGUUCGUGCAGAGUCAGUCGUAUGCGCGGAAUAAUGGAGAGGGGGAUUGGGCGAAGUGCUUCGCAUAGUGGGCGCCGGCGUCCAAGAUGUCCCACCCUCAUUUCAGAAAACAGAAUGCUAUCACGGGUUCUCAUCCAGGGUACAGCCUCGUACAAUGUAGACGCAUGAACAGUGGAUAGUCU